CGUUGCUAGGGAAGCUGCGCGGUUGCCGGGGCCGGGUUCCGGAACUGACGCGGGGGCGGGGGGGCCGCUCGCCCGGGACGGGAAGUAAACAAGGCACCGGCCGGAUCGCGGGGGGGCCCCGCUCAGACCCCCCUGCGCCGCGGUUCGAUUCCAGGAUGAUGGGCCGACCCCAGAGGAACUGGGGGGUGCUGGCCCCCCUCUGCCUCCUCCUCCUCUUCCUCCUCACCCUCGGUGCCUCCUACAAGCCGGUCGUGGUCGUUCACGGCCUUUUCGACAGCCCCUCGGUCUUCAGCCACCUACUGCACUUCAUCAACCAGACCCACCCUGGCACCAACGUGACGGUCGUGGAUCUCUUCGACCACAGCCAGAGCCUGAAGCCGCUGUGGGUGCAGGUGGAGGGUUUCCGACAGGCCAUUUCGCCCAUCAUGCAGAACGCGGCCGACGGGGUGCAUCUCAUCUGCUAUUCGCAGGGGGGGCUCAUCUGCCGAGCUCUGCUCUCCACCAUGCCUGAUCACAACGUCGACACCUUCAUCUCCCUCUCCGCCCCCCAGAUGGGGCAGUACGGGGGUGACCCCCUGUUUCUCUAGGCUGGUCCUUGCAGGGUGGGGGGUUUACAGCUGGGGUCCCCCUGCCCCCCAUAACUCCCGUCCCCUGUGCCCCCAGCCUGGAAGAGGAACCUCUUGCGGAUCCGGAAGCUGGUUCUGGUCGGGGGUCCGGACGACGGGGUCAUCACGCCCUGGCAGUCCAGCCUCUUCGCUUUCUACAACCUCAACGAGACGGUGACGGACAUGGAGCAGCAGCUGGUGUACCUGCAGGACAGCUUUGGGCUGAAGACGCUGGACGCCCGCGGUGCCAUCGCCCGGUGCCUGGUGCCCGGGGUGCCACACACGGCCUGGCACUCGAACCGCACCGUCUACGAGACCUGCCUGGCCCCCUGGCUCUCCUAGCGUGGGGGGUCCGGGGGGCUUGGGGCCCCCGCCUUUUUAAUUAUGACCCCCAGCCAACAGGAUCCUGUUUGGUACCAACUGGGUGUUCGGAGCAGGGGGGUUUCCUAGGGGAGGAUCUGGGGGGGGGCUGGAAUUGGGGGGGGGACUGGGGGGGGGUCCUUGGGGGGCUGGACACGGGGGGUCUGGGGUCCUUUUCCCGGUCAGAAAGUGAUUGUAAAAGAUUUGGGGGGUGGCGAGGUUUGAACCGGCCCGUAGUUCAUGUCUUGGCUGCCUGGUUUGGGGGGGGCUCAGUUUGGGGGUGCCCCAGCACCCCCCAGCCAGGCAGUGUCCAGUAUUAACCCUUUCGUGCCUGGCACGAGGGGGCCGAGCCGCGCUGCCAUGUUCCGUGUGGGACUCAGGGAUUUCAGGGGGCCUUCAGAGCUCCGCUGUUGUACCCCCAAAACCAGACCCAACCCCAUUUUAGCUCAGGGGAGGGGGAGGGAGUGGACCGCCGAAAGGGGGAAUAUUAGGGUACUUGACAUUUGGGGGUUAGUUUGGGGGUUCACAUAACUUUUUAGGUACAUUUCCAGAUGUGGCAGUUUUGGGGGUUCAGUUGCAGAGGAAUUUGGGGGGCCGGAUGGGUCUAAGGGGAUUUGGGGAAGUCCCUGGAGAAGCUGCAGGACCCCACAGUGGGGUCAAGGAUCUGAGGGGUGAUGAGAAUUUGGGGGUUCACUAUGGGGAAGAUUAGAUGUGGGAGCCCCAACUUUGGGGUGCCGAAGAUGGGUGUGGAUUCAACUGGGAAACUUAGUUGAACCCCAAGGCUUAGAAAGAGGCAUCAGCUGCAAUUGGGGGUUCAGUUUUAGGGCCUCAAGAGUGGUUUUGGGGUGACCGAAUUUGGAGGUUGCAUUUCCAGGAGACAGUUUGGGGCUGGGGGUUUUGGGGUGUCCAGGAGACCUGCCGGUUGGGGUCAGCAGGAAUUGUGCGUUAUAUUUUGGGGUUCAUGUCGCAGCACCUGGUUCUUCGGUUUGGGAAGUUUGGGGUCACUGGGACAUUUGCAUGAAUUUUAGAGGUUCACUUAUUUUAGUAGCUUAUGGGGUGUUGAUAUUGGGGGUUACUAGAGAAAUUGCUGGUAGUUUUGGGGUUCAUGCCCCGGAAGGGAGUUCACGUGGAUUGAGUUAAGCACAUUGGCGAUUCACUUGGGGGGUUGAGUUUUGGGGAGCCACUUAAAUUGGGGGUCACUAGAAAUUUGCAUGACUUGUAGGGACUUGGGGUUAUGUUUGGGGGUUCUCUGCCUGUGCAGGCUGCUAGUUUUGGGGGUCACUAGAGAUUUUGUGUUAAGUCAUAGGGUGAUUCAGUUCAGGAACCUCCACUUAUUUGGGGGUUUGCUGGAAUUUGGGGGCUGUUUUUAGAGGUGAUGGGGUGGUAGUUUGGGGUGGCUGGUUUUGCAUGAGUUAUUGGGGUUCAGUUAUUUUUAUAAACAGUUGGAGCCUUGGACCCUGGGUUCAGGAGUUCUAGGAUAGUUUGGGGGUGUCACUAGGAGGUUGUCAGUAUUGGGGUACCAGGCUGUAUUGGGGGGAGGUUUCCUGCAUUUUAGGAUCCAGCUUCAAGUGUACAAGGUUGGGAUUCUAGGGGUGUAUCGGGGUAACUGCAGCCGACUGCAUCUGACUUGAAAUGGGGGGCUGCAGCUGUCUGGGGUACUUUGAAUUUUGGGGUGCUGUGCACAGUUGGAGUGACUGGGCAGUUGACUUGGGGGUGCAGGUUUGGGAGUCCAGCUGCUUUUGGGGGGCCCAGCAUCAUGGGGGCCCUAGUUUGAGGGGGCUCCAGGUUGAUGUGGGGGUGCCAGACUGAUUUUGGGGGGCUAGAGCUCCAAGGGUCAGCAUGACCAGGACACAAAAUUUGGGGGUGCAGGAGCACAAUCUUUGAGGGGGUCUGUGCAGCCCCCCGGUUCUGAGACCCCCUGUUUCUCACAGAGGGGGGCUGUCUGUGGCUCCCUGACUGGCAUGUCAAAUAUUGGGGUUCCCAGACCCAGCCCCCUGGGCGGAUGUUUACAUAUUUAUGGGGCUGUGGUGUGGGGGGGGUCAGCCUGGGAACCCCACUGAGCCCCCUGCCCCCGGGGAGAUGUUGGGGGGGUCAGUGUUACACCCCCGAUUCCAGCCCCCAUGUUCUGUGUAUUUAUAACAAUAAAAGCACUUUGUUCCCUAA